CUCUCCUUUUUUCUCUCUUUUGCCUCCUCUGGCCUCCGGACUCCUGCCCGGGUGGCGCGCAGUCCCCUCCCGGCCCUGCAGCCCCUGGGCGGGCGGCGCCCCUCGGACGGUCCGGGCGGCGGGGACCGAGGGCCGGGGCGCCGGGAGGAAGCCGGCGGCCUGCGCGGAGGAGGCGCCCGCGCGGCUGGCGGAGCAUGAGCGCCCCAGGCGAUGCGCCAGAAGAGAGGGAAUUUGAGAGGACCCCGGAGAGACCUCAAGCCAGACCCAGGGCAGAGCCAGUUUGCAAACGCAUCGCGGCCACCGCAGCUGCAGAUCCAGAAGGAGACGGGCUCAGGGAAGGACAAGCCCCAGCCGGAAGGAGUCCGGGUCAGGCCUCAAUAACGGGAGAGCGGCUACUGUCUGCUGAGCGCCUGCUGCAUGCCAGGAGGAGGGCCAGACAUGGAUGACUAUAUGGAGACGCUGAAGGAUGAGGAGGACGCCUUGUGGGAGAACGUGGAGUGCAACCGGCACAUGCUAAGCCGCUAUAUCAACCCGGCCAAGCUCACCCCCUACCUGCGCCAGUGCAAGGUCAUUGAUGAGCAAGAUGAAGAUGAGGUGCUUAACGCUCCCAUGUUGCCGUCCAAGAUCAACCGGGCAGGCCGGUUGUUGGACAUUCUACAUACCAAGGGGCAAAGGGGCUACGUGGUCUUCUUGGAGAGCCUGGAGUUUUACUACCCGGAAUUGUACAAACUGGUGACUGGCAAGGAGCCCACCCGGAGGUUUUCCACCAUCGUGGUGGAGGAGGGCCACGAGGGCCUCACGCACUUCCUGAUGAACGAGGUCAUCAAGCUGCAGCAGCAGAUGAAGGCCAAGGACCUGCAGCGGUGCGAGCUGCUGGCCAAGUCGCGACAGCUGGAAGACGAGAAGAAGCAGCUGACGCUGACGCGGGUGGAGCUGCUGACCUUCCAGGAGCGCUACUACAAGAUGAAGGAGGAGCGGGACAGCUACAACGACGAGCUGGUCAAGGUCAAGGACGACAACUACAACCUGGCCAUGCGCUACGCCCAGCUCAGCGAAGAGAAAAACAUGGCGGUCAUGAGGAGCCGGGACCUCCAGCUCGAGAUUGACCAACUCAAGCAUCGGUUAAAUAAGAUGGAAGAGGAAUGCAAGCUGGAGCGGAAUCAGUCACUGAAACUGAAGAACGACAUCGAGAACCGGCCCAAGAAGGAGCAGGUUCUGGAACUGGAGCGGGAGAAUGAGAUGCUGAAGACAAAAAUCCAGGAGCUGCAAUCCAUCAUACAGGCCGGCAAGCGCAGCCUGCCAGACUCAGACAAGGCCAUCCUGGACAUCCUGGAGCACGACCGCAAGGAGGCCUUGGAGGACCGACAGGAGCUUGUCAACAAGAUCUACAACCUGCAAGAGGAGGUCCGCCAGGCAGAGGAGCUGCGAGACAAGUACCUGGAGGAGAAGGAGGACCUGGAGCUGAAGUGCUCGACCCUGGGGAAGGAUUGCGAAAUGUACAAGCACCGCAUGAACACCGUCAUGCUGCAACUGGAGGAGGUGGAGCGAGAGCGGGACCAGGCCUUCCAUUCCCGGGAUGAGGCACAGACCCAGUACUCACAGUGCCUCAUCGAGAAGGACAAGUACAGGAAGCAGAUCCGCGAGCUGGAGGAGAAGAAUGACGAAAUGAGGAUCGAGAUGGUCCGACGGGAGGCCUGCAUCGUCACCCUGGAGAGCAAGCUCCGGCGCCUCUCCAAGGACAGCGGCAGCCUCGACCAGAGCCUGCCCAGGAACCUGCCAGUGACCAUCAUCUCUCAGAACUUUGGGGACGCCAGCCCCAGGACCAACGGCCAGGAAGCUGACGACUCCUCCACCUCAGAGGAGUCGCCGGAAGACAGCAGAUACUUCCUGCCCUACCACCCGCCCAAGCGCAGGAUGAAUCUGAAAGGCAUCCAGCUGCAGAGAGCCAAAUCUCCCAUCAGCCUGAAGCGCACAGCAGAUUUUCAAGGGAGAGGACAUGAAGAAGAAGGUGUGGACAUCAGCCCCAGCUCCUCGAGAUCCCUGCCCAUCACCAACUCAUUCUCCAAGAUGCCCCAUCGGAGCCGCUCCAGCAUCAUGUCGAUCACUGCCGAGCCCCCAGGAAAUGACUCCAUCGUCAGACGCUAUAAGGAAGACGCGCCUCCUCGGAGCACGAUCGAAGAGGACAAUGACAGCGGUGGAUUCGAUGCCCUAGACCUCGACGAUGACAGUCACGAGCGCUACUCCUUUGGCCCCCCCUCCAUCCACUCCUCCUCCUCCUCCCACCAGUCCGAGGGCCUGGACGCCUAUGACCUGGAGCAGGUCAACCUCAUGUUCAGGAAGUUCUCUCUAGAAAGACCCUUCCGGCCGUCUGUCACGUCCGUGGGGCACGUGCGGGGUCCCGGGCCCUCGGUGCAGCACACCACGCUGAACGGCGACGGUCUCAUCUCCCAGCUCACCCUGCUCGGGGGCAACGCGCGUGGGAGCUUCGUCCACUCGGUCAAGCCGGGCUCCCUGGCCGAGAAGGCGGGCCUGCAUGAGGGCCAACAGCUGCUGCUGCUAGAAGGCUGCAUCAGAGGCGAGAAGCAGAGCGUCCCCUUGGAUACGUGCACGAAGGAGGAGGCGCACUGGACCAUCCAGAGGUGCAGCGGCCCCAUCACUCUGCACUACAAGGUCAACCAGGAAGGAUACCGGAAGCUGCUGAAGGACAUGGAGGAAGGCCUGAUCACGUCGGGGGAUUCCUUCUACAUCCGGCUGAACCUGAACAUCUCCAGCCAGCUGGACGCCUGCUCCAUGUCCCUGAAGUGCGAUGACGUGGUGCACGUCCGCGACACCAUGUACCAGGACAGGCACGAGUGGCUGUGCGCGCGGGUUGACCCCUUCACAGACCACGACCUGGACAUGGGCACCAUCCCCAGCUACAGCCGAGCCCAGCAGCUCCUCCUGGUCAAGCUGCAGCGUCUGAUGCACAAGGGCAGCCGGGAGGAGGCGGACACGGCCCACCACACCCUGAGGACCCUCCGGAACACCCUGCAACCUGAAGAGCCGCUUUCCACCAGUGACCCCCGGGUCAGCCCCCGCCUCUCGCGAGCAAGUUUCCUCUUUGGCCAACUCCUUCAGUUCGUCAGCAGGUCUGAGAACAAGUACAAACGGAUGAACAGCAACGAGCGGGUGCGCAUCGUCUCGGGGAGCCCGCUGGGGAGCCUGGCCCGGUCCUCGCUGGAUGCCACCAAGCUCUUGACCGAGAAGCAGGAAGAGCUGGACCCCGAGAGCGACCUCGGCAAGAAGUUCAGCCUGAUCCCCUACAGCCUGGUGCGUGCCUUCUACUGCGAGCGCCGCCGGCCCGUCCUCUUCACGCCCACCAUGCUGGCCAAGGCGCUGGUCCAGAAGCUGCUCAACUCGGGGGGCGCCAUGGAGUUCACCAUGUGCAAGCCAGAUGUUGUCACCAGAGACGAGUUCCUCAGGAAGCAGAAGACAGAGACCAUCAUCUACUCCCGGGAAAAGAACCCCAACACUUUUGAAUGCAUCGUUCCCGCCAACAUUGAAGCUGUGGCAGCCAAGAACAAGCAUUGUCUGCUGGAGGCCGGGAUCAACUGCACCAAAGAUUUGAUCAGGUCCAGCAUCUACCCCAUCGUGCUCCUCAUCCGGGUGUCAGAGAAGAACAUCAAGAGGUUCAGGAAGAUGCUGCCGCGGCCCGAGACGGAGGAGGAGUUCCUGCGCCUGUGCCGGCUGAAGGAGAAGGAGCUGGAGGCGCUGCCGUGCCUGUACGCCACGGUGGAGGCCGACAUGUGGGGCAGCGUGGAGGAGCUCCUGCGCGUCAUCAAGGACAAGAUCGGCGAGGAGCAGCGCAAGACCGUCUGGGUCGACGAGGACCAGCUGUGAGGCGCGGCAGCCCUGAGUCUGAGCGGGGGCUCGGGAGGGGCGUCCGGACCGCCCCCCACCACCGGGCAGUGCCGUGGGGGCGAGGGAGCAUCCUGCUGUCCGCAGGGCCACCCCGGCCUGGGGGCUCGGUCUACCCGGUGGGGAGUCCCUCCAGGGAGCCCCAGGGAGCAGGUGCAGCUGUGGGGACAGACGCGCUCGGGAGGGAGCAAGGCGUAUUUAUUCCGCCCAGGGCUGACCUGGCUGAGCGGUCCAGCCCUGCUGGCAUUAGCGGGGAGGCGGGGCCCCUCAAAGGACACGCAGCCAGGCCCGAGGCCAGCGGCCCGUCGGGAGCCGGAGCAGCAAUUGAAUGUAAUGCAUGGGACAGGUGUGCUCCCUGUGGGGCAGGGACCCCGAAAGCCAGGGCACCCCUCAGCCCUUGGGACACGUGAGAUGCACAUCCCCAGGCGGGACAGGGGAACGUGCACCAUGCUCUUAUCUUUCUUGCAUUAAAACUUCUCUAUUUCCUUGUUUUCAACCUCUUUUUUCUUUUUAAUUUGAUAGUUUGCAGAGUUUCUCAGCUCUCACCACCUUCCUGACCUGCAGGCUGGGUUCAGGCCCCGGGUCCCGAGGAGGACAAGGGAGGGUGCCAUAUGUCCGGCUUUCCCAGGACGGGCCUGAUUCACACCGGGCUCGGGGUCUGGGCGUGAUCGCUAACAGCUCCCCUUCGGCUGGGAGGCGUCCUGAUUUGGACGAUAAAUUAUACGGUCACCCUGGGACGGGCCCGUCCUUUCAGAGGCUGCCCGGGGGUCUCGCUGUCUGUACCCCUGUGUCCCCCGACUCCAGCCCUCCCAGCACACUGUUCUCUGUCUCUCAGUGUGUGUCACCUUCCCACAUGCGGCCCGGCUUCAUCCAGCAUGAGGCAGAGAACACGGUGGGUUAAGGCGCUCUGGCAGGUUGGCUCCCCACUGCCCAGCAGCUUGGGGGCUGCAAGAAAGCUGUGCUUCCCUCCACAGUGGGUAGCAAAGGCCCUAUGGGUUCUAGAUUGUUCUCCUUGAUGCAAACUUCUCAGGUAUGGACCCAAUAGGGCAUGGCCAAAUGAGGCACAGCUCAAAGACCAUAGUUUCCUGCCACCCUUGAAGCUAGGGUAAUCAAGGAAAUGUCAGGCAAGGAUGGAGAAGGAGAAGAGACAAAGCAGACAAACAGCCCUUCUUCCAGUUUCUUGUCUGGAAUACAGAUGUGAUGGCUGGAGCUCCAGCAGUCCUCUUGGAUCUUGAGGUGACCUUGAGGAUGGAAACCCUGCACAGAGGAUGGUAGAAUUUAAAGAUAGAAGGAGUCAGAGUGGCUGAUGACACUUUGGAGCCCAGGACUGCCGCUUGGGUUUCUUUUAUAUGAGACUGAAAUAAAUUCUUACCUUGCGUUAAA